CUGUUAAACAUAUUAAAAAGAAGAAACAAUGCACGCAUACCCGACUCUCAUUGCACUGCUGCUAGUAGCAGUAUUGAUUCACGAAGGUGAUGCCAUUUGGUGCUACCGCUGCACCUCUGCCACGCCCGGCUGCGCCGAAAAGUUCAACUGGCGUGGAAUUGGCUUCCUUGGCGAGCAGUGCCCGGAGCCCAACGAUAUCUGCGUUAAAGUGACGGAACGCCGCGGCUCAAAGGAAACGAUAACACGUGACUGCCUAAGUGCCCUCAGCUUCCGAACAGACAUUCCCGCCGACAAAUACGAAGGCUGCCGUACAGCGGCAAAGGAUGUGCGAUUGGCCCACUACGUCAACCACACAAUCAAGGAGCAUGACGUCAAGCGGGACUACUUCCCAGAUACAACGUUCUGCUUCUGCUUCCUCGACCAUCGCUGCAACGGCGCCAGUGGUCUGCAGAAGUCCGCUGCCCUGGGCCUACUAGCCAUGGCCAUAACGCUACUGCUCGGCCGCUAGUGCCUCGACUGUGCUACGUAGUUGGUACCAAAGUGCCUUACUCCAAUCAACGAUAGUUCAAGUAGAGCUCGAAUCUCGUCUAGCCACAUUCCGUCCCCAUUUUUUGUACAACUUUUGUAUUACUCACAUUUUUGUGGUCUUGUGUUUACUCAACUAAUUAAAUACAUUUUACAAUAUUAUAAA